CCUUGCGAUACUAACAUCCAACCAAAUGUCUGUUACGCCAGCCAUCAGAGCAGCUGCGCGCUCGGCAUACCGUGACCUACUACGAGCUUCAGCUUCUACCUUCCAUGGAGACGAGCCCAUACAAAGAGCAUUCCGACGCAACAUGCGAACAGAAGCAUUAUAUUUGGACAACUCCGCACAAUAUGACGUGAAACUGGUCGAAGAGAAAAUCCGACUUGCCUGUGAGCUUGCGACCAUGCUACGCAGAAAUGUUGUGCAAGCUCGCAGAACACAGACCCAAGACGGAGAUGAUGCUUGGAAGCUUCGGUUCACGAAGGACACUGAACUUGGUGAAAACGAGAGUAUUAAGAAUCCACCUCCCAUGCCUUCCAGCAGACAAGCACGGAGACUAGAGAAGGGCGGGCAAAGGUUUAUCUCAUCAUCAAAAAGUUUGCAGUGGGUCACUAAGCUAACCUAUAGUGUAGAACCUGCUGCUCAGCCUAGCCCCAAUUUGCCGCGCAAUUUUUCCGCUCUCAGGAGGGCUCACAAAGAUCGGGAAAUUCCGGAGUUGCGUGAAGAGGAUAUCGAGGAAUCAUUCGUUAGAGGCAGUGGUCCUGGUGGACAGUCUAUUAAUAAGACUCAGAAUAAUGUUCAACUUCUUCAUAAACCCACUGGUUUUCGUGUAGCAUGUCAGGAAACUCGAUCACUCCAAACAAAUCGCAUGCUCGCCAGACGGUGGCUCCUGCAAAAGCUAGAUAAACUACACAACCCUGGUCUAUCAAAGGGUGAACUACAACGCGCAAAGCAACAGGAAAGAGAACGUCAACGACGGAAGAAGUCGAAGAAGAAGGCGAGCGCAAGAGAAGGAUUGCCUGGAAAGUGAUGAACCCCAGGGCUAGGGUGCGCCAUACAUAUGAUGAAGUGACCGCUGCUAGAUCUGUCCUGGCACUCCCUGGUACUAGGAACUGGGGUUUUAGCAGUUACAUAGAGUGUUGUCGCAACCACCAGUUAACAGGACACAAAGAGAAUACUGCACCGCUGUUGCGACUAAUCAUCGGUCACGGUAUUUGCUGCGACGUUUUAGAUGUUACUACUACUAAGUAUGUCGCAGUACCUUGUCGCGGUCGUCGCGGACACAGUGUCGCAACAUAAGUUCGCAAUGACCACGAUAGAUACCAUGCACAUAGUAUGUCAGUCAACUUGAAAUGUUGGUACUUUUUCGAUAUCACCAACUCAAGCUGGUCUUUUGUUAUCAUGGCUUGAGCGAUUUGUGUCGUCCCGCGUCGAUAUUAAUGCCAUUCAGCAUUCCCUUGAUCCUCGAAAUUAUCCACC